CCCCUCGCUCCGCUCGCAGGCGCGCCCAGUGCAAACUGCUAAGCCUCGAGUCGGGGAGAUCCGGGAGGAGGUGGAAGGCCACACCCCGCGCUGCCCGCGAAUUUCCUCCGGAGCCCGCGGUCGCCGGGCAGACGCCGCCGAGAUGCGGGGCCCGCGGCUCGGGACCGCCGCCCGCCUCUUCUGCGUGUGGAGCGCGGCGCUGGCCGUCGCCCCCGGGCCCAGGUUUCUGGUGACAGCCCCUGGGGUCAUCAGGCCGGGAGGAAAUGUGACCAUUGGGGUGGAGCUUCUGGAACACAGCCCCUCCCAGGUCACUGUGAAGGCGGAGGUGGUCAAGAUAGCAGCGAACCUUGCCGUCUCUGUCCUGGAAGCAGAAGGAGUCUUUGAAAAAGGCUCUUUCAAGACACUUAUUCUUCCAUCACUACCUCUGAACAGCGGUGAUGAGAUUUAUGAGCUCCGUGUCACUGGACGUGCCCAGGAUGAGAUUUUAUUCUCGAAUAGUACGCGCUUAUCAUUUGAGACCAAGAGAAUGACUGUCUUCAUCCAAACAGACAAGCCCCUGUAUAAACCAGAGCAAGAAGUGAAGUUUCGUGUUGUUACGCUCUUCUCAGAUUUUAAGCCCUACAAAACCUCUUUAAACAUUCUCAUUAAGGAUCCCAAGUCAAAUUUGAUCCAACAGUGGUUGUCAGAACAAAGUGAUCUUGGAGUCAUUUCCAAAACUUUCCAGUUAUCUUCCCAUCCAAUACUUGGUGACUGGUCCAUCCAAGUUCAAGUGAAUGACCAGACAUAUUAUCAGUCAUUUCAGGUUUCAGAAUAUGUAUUACCAAAAUUUGAAGUCACUUUGCAGACACCGUUAUACUGUUCUUUAAAUUCUGUGAGUUUAAAUGGUACCGUCACAGCAAAGUAUACAUAUGGGAAGCCAGUGAAAGGAGACCUAACACUUACAUUUUUACCUUUAUCCUUUUGGGGUGUGAAGAAAAAUAUUACAAAGACAUUUAAGAUAAAUGGAUCUGCAAACUUCUCUUUUAACGAUGAAGAGAUGAAAAAGGUAAUGGAUAUUUCGGAUGGCCUUUCUGAACACAUGAAUCUGUCUUCUCCUGGGCCGGUAGAAAUUUUAGCCACAGUGACAGAAUCACUUACAGGUAUCUCAAGAAAUGCAAGCUCCAAUGUAUUUUUCAAGCAACACGAUUACAUCAUUGAAUUUUUUGAUUAUGCUACUGUCUUAAAGCCAUCUCUCAACUUCACAGCCACUGUGAAGGUAACCCGUUCUGAUGGCAAUCAGCUGACUCCUGAAGAGAGAAGAAAUAAUGUAGUCAUAAUGGUGACGCAGAGAAACUAUACCAAGUACUGGAGCAGAUGGGACGGUAGAAAUCAGGAAACAGGGGCUGUCCAGAUCGUAAAUCAUACUGUCCCCCCAAAUGGAAUCUUCAAGAUUGAAUUCCCAAUCCUGGACGAUUCCAGCGAGCUACAGCUGAAGGCCUCUUUUCUUGAUACUGUGAGUAGCAUGGCUGUUCAUGAUAUGUUUAAGUCUCCUAGUAAAACGUACAUCCAGCUAAAAACAAGAGAUGAAAAUAUAAAGGUGGGAUCACCUUUUGAGUUGGUGCUUAGUGGCAACAAGCAGUUGAAGGAGUUUAGCUAUAUGGUAGUGUCCAGGGGACAGUUAGUGGCUGUAGGCCAGCAAAAUUCGACAACUUUUUCCUUAACACCAGAAAAUUCUUGGGCUCCAAAAGCCUGUAUUAUUGUGUAUUAUAUUGAAGAUGAUGGGGAAAUUAUAAAUGAUGUUCUGAAAGUUCCGGUUCAGCUUGUUUUUAAAAAUAAGAUACAGCUAUUUUGGAGUAAAGCCAACGCUGAACCGUCUGAGAGAGUCUCUCUUAGGAUCUCUGUGACACAGCCAGACUCAAUAGUUGGGAUUGUAGCUGUCGACAAAAGUGUGAAUCUGAUGAAUGUCUCAAACGAUAUUACAAUGGAAAAUGUGGUCCAUGAACUGGAACUUUAUAACACAGGAUAUUAUUUAGGCAUGUUCAUGAAUUCUUUUGCAGUCUUUCAGGAGUGUGGCCUCUGGGUAUUGACAGAUGCAAACCUUGUGAAGGAUUUCAUUGAUGUUUAUGACCGUAUAGCGUUUUUGGAGGAAAAUGAAGGAUACUUGGUAGAUUUUCAUGACUUUUCUUUGGGUAGCAGUCCACGUGUCAGAAAGUAUUUUCCAGAGACUUGGAUUUGGCUAGACACCAGCAUGGGUUCCAGGACUUACCAAGAAUUUGAAGUUACUGUACCUGAUUCUAUCACUUCUUGGGUUGCAACUGCUUUUGUGAUCUCUGAGGAUUUAGGUCUUGGACUAACAACUACUCCAGUGGAGCUCCAAUCCUUCCAACCGUUUUUCAUUUCUUUGAACCUUCCGUACUCUGUUAUCAGAGGUGAAGAAUUUGCUUUGGAAGUAACCAUAUUCAAUUAUUUAAAAGAUGCCACCGAGGUUAAGGUAAUCAUUGAGAAAAGUGACGCGUUUGAUAUUCUAAUGGCUUCGAGUGAAAUAAAUGCCACAGGACACCAGCAGACGGUUCUGGUUCCCAGUGAGGAUGGGGCGACUGUUCUUUUCCCGGUCAGGCCAACACAUCUGGGGGAAAUACCCAUCACAAUCACAGCUGUUUCACCUGCUGCUUCCGAUGCUGUCACCCAGAGGAUUUUGGUGAAGGCUGAAGGAAUAGAAAAAUCAUAUUCACAAUCCAUCUUAUUAGACUUGACCGACAGCAAGCUACAAACUACCCUGAAAACUUUGAGUUUCUCCUUUCCUCCUCAUACAGUGAGUGGUAGUGAGAGAGUUCAGAUCACUGCAAUUGGAGAUAUUCUUGGUUCUUCCAUCAGUGGCUUAGCCUCACUGAUUCGAAUGCCUUAUGGCUGUGGCGAACAGAACAUGAUAAAUUUUGCUCCAAAUAUUUAUGUUUUGGAUUACCUGACUAAAAAGAAACAACUGACUGAGAAUUUAAAAGAAAAAGCCCUUUCAUUUAUGAGGCAAGGUUACCAGAGAGAACUUCUCUAUCAGAGGGAAGAUGGCUCUUUCAGUGCUUUUGGGAAUGAUGACCCUUCUGGGAGUACUUGGUUGUCAGCUUUUGUUUUAAGAUGUUUCCUUGAAGCUGAUCCUUACAUAGAUAUUGAUCAGAAUGUGUUACACAGAGCAUAUACUUGGCUCAAAGGACAUCAGAAAUCCAGUGGUGAAUUUUGGGAGCCAGGAAGAGUGAUCCACAGUGAGCUUCAAAGUGGCAAUAAAAGUCCAGUAACCCUUACGGCUUACAUUGUGGCUUCUCUCCUGGGAUAUAACAAGUAUCAGCCUAAUAUCGAUGUGCAGGAGUCUAUCAACUUUUUGGAGUCUGAAUUCGAUAGAGGACUUUCAGACAAUUACACCCUGGCUCUUGUAACGUAUGCGCUGUCAUCUGUGAGAAGCCCUAAAGCCAAGGACGCUUUGAAUAUGCUGACUUGGAGAGCAGAGCAAGAAGGAGGCAUGCAAUUCUGGGUAUCAUCAGUGUCCAGACUUUCUGAAUCCUGGCAACCAAGCUCCCUGGAUAUUGAAGUUGCGGCCUAUGCACUGCUCUCACACUUCCUGCAGCAUCGGAUUUCUGAGGGAAUCCCGAUUAUGAGGUGGCUAAGCAGGCAGAGAAAUAGCUUGGGAGGUUUUGCAUCUACCCAGGACACCAUUGUGGCCUUGAAGGCCCUGUCUGAGUUUGCAGCCCUAAUGAACACAGAAGAGACAAAUAUCCAAGUGACCAUGGUGGGGUCCAGUUCACUGAGUCCUGUGAAGUUUGUGAUUAGCACACAGAACCGCUUUCUCCUCCAGACGGCUGAGCUUGCUGUGGUACAGCCAACUGUAGUUAAUAUUUCUGCAAGCGGUUUUGGAUUUGCUAUUUGUCAGCUUAAUGUUAUUUAUAAUGUGAAAGAUUCCAGUUCUUCCAGAAUCCAAAGAUCUAUCCAAGAUCAAGAAGCCUUUGAUUUAGACAUUGCUGUAAAAGAUGAUAAAGAUGAUAUCAAUCACUUGAAUUUGAAUGUGUGCACAAGGUUUCUGGGCCCAGCUAGAAGUGGCAUGGCCCUUAUGGAAAUUAACCUCCUCAGUGGUUUUACCGUGGCCUCAGAUGCCAUUUCCCUGAGUGAGACCGUGAAAAAAGUAGAACACGACCAUGGAAAACUCAACCUCUACUUAGACUCUGUAAAUGAAACCCAGUUUUGUGUUGAUAUUCCUUCUGUGAGAAACUUUAGAGUGUCAAAUACACAAGAUGCUUCAGUGUCCGUAAUGGAUUACUAUGAACCAAGGCGGCAAGCGGUGAGAAGCUACAACUCCAGAGCACAGCUGUCCUCCUGUGACCUCUGUGGGGGCGCACACACCUGCGGCCCCUGUGACAGCGCGGCCUCGGCCUCCCUUCCUCACCCUAACGCCUGCCUCCUUGUCUGCUUCACGCUUCUGUUCUCUUUGCAGUGUUGGCUAUGAUUUAUUGUUUUAAAGACUCCGCGUAACACUUUCAUUUCCAGAAGUCACAUGUGAUUGUCUUGUUUUCAUAAGCAAAUAUCGCCUCUGUUUUGAAAAAUCAAUGUUUUUCUUUUUAUGGGAUGGGAUGGGGGUGUACAACCGGUCCUUGUAUGUGUAGCUGCAUAGAGUUCUUCCCCUGACUUAUGUGUGGAACAAAAAAUCACAAUUAUUGCAGCUGUAUUCUUUUAUUUCCCCCUCUUAAAAUCUUUUAGGAUUUUUUUGGAGGUGUUAUUUUCUCCAGAAUAAAUGUGUUAUUUUAGAUGAUUCUUUUCAUUUUCUAGAGGAAAUGAGCCUGGCUUCUUAAGCACGGCUAUACAUCAGUGUCUGCUUUAGUAUUAACGAUGGAUUUCCUGGGAACUGGGAGGAAACAAACCCGUGGGAGGAGCUUGUUCUGUCCCUUCUGUAUCCACCCUAACCCUCCGCCUACACCACCCAUCCCAGUGGUCUCAGUACAUCCUUCUUAAUCAGAUAUAACUUCUUUCUUUAGGAUGGAGGUGGUGAUUUUUUUUUUUUUAAGGGAAAUGGUGUUGUUCCACUCCAAAUGUAGUCACAUACCCCAGCCCUUACUCUUCCUCUGCUUUCCCUCUGGAGAGAAGCAGAGAGAGACCGGCUUCGCUGUGCUGCCGGCGGCUCAGAGGUUGAGGUUGCUGGGAAGUGCCCAGAGGGGCCCCGGGUGCCCUCCUCUGCGUCCUCAGCCCCGCAUGCGGGCUCUGUUCAGGCUGGGGGUCAGAGGGCAUUGCAACACGUGCCUUACGUGACUUGGACCAGAAGAUCCUAGACCAGGAGGCACAUGUGAGUCAUGGGGAAUGCUAAGCCAGGGGCACAACAAAAUCCUAUAUGAGAUGUAGCAGACUGGACCUCCCCAUGGUCUGGGAAAGAAGCUGGGGUUUGACGGGGAUCAGAGAGAUGUGAAGUACUGUACGGUGUUGGCCAGGGUCCUGUGGAACCUUCUAGAUUCAGGUGUCUGAGUGUCAGACCACCAGCUGUCCAGUGACAUCUAACGCUUGCUCUGAAUCUUAUAGAAGAUUCUUGAAUUUUGAGCACCUGUGUCAUGGGUUACCCUGUAUUCGGAAGGAUAAUAUUCAUUUAUCCGGGUGAAAUUUUAAGGAAAGAUUCCUUUCUUCCCCCUUCCCUGUUUUUCCUCUUUUCUCACCUUUGUUUCAUCCUGCCUUUCCUUCCCUUCUUCCUUUCUUCUUUUCAUCUGAAAUACAUUGAAAUAUUUUAGAUAUAUCCAAAAAAUUUAAAGAUCUUUUACUAAAUCUAACAAUUGGUUUAAUUUCACUCCUGAACUCGGCAUUUCUCUCAAGGGGAUGUAGAAACGUAAUCGUCAUGGGCUCCAAAGAAGCUGCAUUGCAGUAUUUUCAACUGUUUAAAAAUAAAUCCAAAAAUAAAAUAUGCAAAUCAUACAUUUUAAAGUAAAUUUUAAAAAGAAUGUUUUUAUUUUAGUAAACUUAAAUUACAGUGGAGUGGAUGUUCAUGGAAUGCUUAUGGAUAUUUUGGACACAAAGGUAGGAAUUACUAACAUUCAGGUUUUUAAAGCUUGAAACCUAAAUGUAGAAAAUAGUUCCUCAGAGGGUGGUCUAUGGAGAGAGAGCAGUUAAAUAUCAAACACAUAAUUUUCUUGUAUUUACUUUCAAGUGGGGAAAAGUUUUUCGUUGUGUUACACCUUUGAAACAAUCUGAUCUGAAAAACGCACUUGGGUUUGGGCUUUCCUGUGCGGGGUUUUGGCUUUUAUACGCUUAGGACUUGUUUGGAGAUGAAAGUAUCUUGGAACGAAGUUGGAGGAGCGUGUUGGCAAAGGAUACCCCCUUGCUGCCCAGAGAGCCUCAGACUAACUGUAAAUAGUUUAUAUUCUGUUCAUACCGGGCUUCUAGUGUAGUAUUUUAGGAAACACCAGAAUGGAAAGCCAUUGGAAGACAGUUUGUAGCUUCUUUAAACCAUGUUUGUAGCUUUUUUAAACCAUAUCCCCUCAUUUAAAAACUAGAACUCUAAUAGUUUUUGUGAAUUAUUUCAGAUUUUCAGAUUAAAAAUUCACCAUGUAACUCAUAUUGUAAUUCAUCUCUUUUUAUUAUAAAUGUAUUAAAAGUGAGGAGGAGGAGGGGAUUGAGGAAGAAGAGGAGGAAGAGGAGAAGAAGGAAGGGGGAGAGGGUCAGCGCAGCUGGAGGUGCAUGGGGCACUGGGGACGCGGGCGUCUUCCUCUGUCACGCCUCUCAGAGCGCUGGCUCUGCUGCAGCAGUGCGCUUGGAUUAAAAGGGACCAAAAAGCCACAGGCAUUAGGGGGAAAGGAGGACACAUAGUAGGAAUAAUUGACAGUAUCGACUCUUCUUUUCUUCACAUGCUACGAGUAAUAAUACUAAAAAUCUCUUUUUUACCUUUAAGUUUGCUGACGUUGAAACUUUUCCUUUAGAAUGCCAUCAAUUUCAUUUUCUGAUAUGAACUAGAGUCCCCACUUCUUUUCCACUGAGUGGGAACCUCAUUAAGACACCAGCAUGUGUGACUUCCGGUUUUGACUGGCCAGUGAUUCCAGACACGGAACUUUGGGAAUAACUAGUAGCCACAUAAUUCAAGGACAGAACAACGCCAUUAUAUUUGGUUUCACCAUCUUAUUGCCUUCAGUUAUAAUUCUAAAAAAGAAGUUAAAGCCCAUUAAAAUACGCUGGGUCAAUGAAAUGCUUCCUUUUAUUGUGUGGUCCUAUUAUACUUUAUGUUUUUAAAAAUAUUCUAACAAUACAUCUUUGGUUUAGUAUUUUGGUUCUAUUAUAAUCUGUGGAGCAUUGUGUUAAUAUAAAAUCCAGAUAUACGCUUAUUGCCUAACAGUUUAUUACUUAUAUAUGCAAUGCUGUAUUCCACACGUGGGAAUUUUCAGAAUUGUACAUAGAGUAAUUCUCCCUGCUCCCAUUUUUUUUUGAGUCUGGGUGUAAUUAUUUUUAAAAAAAGUUGUAUCUAACUGUAAUUUCUUUUUAUGUUAAAUUUAGUUUUAAAUAUUCUGGCAAUAUAAUGCUAGUUAUCUUUAUUUUGAUACAAUUAUUUUGAUAUAAUUCAAUUUGAUAUCAUUCAACAUUUCUGGCUGUCCUAUGACAUUGUAAGAAAUUGGAGCUAUGAUGUUUCUUUGUCAUGCUUUAAAGGAGCCAUUUUAUUAGCCUUCCAGCGUGUAAUCUGGAGUUCUUUUUAACAGCCUCACUUUUUCUAAUUUGCUUGAUUGAAGUUUAAUACUGUUUUCUAUAAAAAUAUGUUGUAAAUACCUCCUUGACAAGGUUCCUUAACAUAAGGACAGUACUUAAUUUGGUGUUCAUCAAGUGGCUCCCAUGGGUCCAGGUGCCAUUACAUCUUCUUGGCUGCAUUAUUUACUUGCACUUUUAAAAUAUGAUACCCAGUAAGUGGACUCACUCUUGGAUAAGCUUCAGAACUUUUUGCACUCUCAGUAGAGGCUUCUGUUAGAAGAAUAUUCUGUUUUUUUUUUUUUUUCAAAUUCCAGUAAAGCAUAGCACCUUUAAGAACUUAAAAAUUUCCUAUCAUCUAUUCAAAUGAUACUCGUGUUAAUAUUAAAUAUCCUAAGUUGCAUUGGGAGUAAUUUGAGGUGCAAUUUUUUUUAAUCACUACUUUGAAUAGAGAACUGUUAUACUACUUUCUUUAGGAAACUAAACAGUAAAUAUACAUUUUUAAUUAAGUAUAUAUCAGUUGUGAGUAGGCUUGUUUCAAAACUAUUUCUAGCCAUUGAGUUGUGUUUUCAUGUUCCUCAUCAAAAGACAGUGCCACAUUGCAUCAUUCACUAAAAUGUUGCCAUUUCAUUUCAGUGGUUGUAAUACAGGAAAACAGAUAUUUCCUAGAUGAUGUCCGAGUUUCGCACUUCACAGGACACUUACACGUUGGUAUGUGUGUGUCUUCGUAAUAGAGAUGAUAUUGAUAUAUAUGUUACUACAUAUUUAAGACUAAUUCUGUCCAUGUUGUCACGAGGCCAUGGUUUACCACUCUUCUGCCAGGGUAUUGAAUCAAUGGUAGAGGAUAGUUCCAUGUUCCAUUUAUAGAUCAUUAAGAUUUGUCUUUGAUAGAUUUAAUAGAAUAUGGCUCUAUUCUGGUCCUUCAGGCCUUUAUGUUUUGGAUUUUUACUAAGGUGCAGUUGAUACAGUAGAGUUGAUUUCUUUUGUACACAGGAAGCUUUAUAAGAUUUUAUUCAUAAAUCUUCUAUUUUGAGAAGCUGUUUUGCAUAUAAGAAGGAUACUGUUGAAAUAAAACAUCAUUUUCCCAGAAACUAAAGCUUUGUAUAUUGAACCAGGGUGAUUCUGAAUGUUUAAAU